UGGUCAAAGAAUUCCAAGGGAAAUUAAAAUUAGAACCUUUGACAAUAAAAGAAUCAAACGAAAAUGACGUUUUGUCUCCAACAUUAGUGCCAGAGAAAUUAUCCAUACAAACCGAGGAAAAUGAAGAGGAGAGAACUGCAAUUCCAUUACAUUAA